CAGUUUCUAUCAAUGAAGCUGACACAUGCCCCUGGUCACUGGGUAAUAAUGGUUACCUGUUUGUUAUCAAUCAUUGCAGAAGUACUUAUCAGCAGCAGAUAGCAGCCUCCACAGCAGGAAGUCUGCUGGGGUUCACAGCUUAUCAGUAUUAUUUCACUGUCAGAAAACAAAGACCUGUUGUGAUUUAUUGUAAAAUGAAUUUUAAUUGAAUUUCAAUCGGACUUAAAAAUUCCACUUAUAAAUUUCAGAAAGAGGCCUGUCAACUUGUAUACUUCAUGUGUGGGAAAUCUGUCCUGUGAAAUUAAUUGAAAUCAGUAGCUUGGACCAUUCUUUGAGUGUGAACCACUGGGGAUUAAUUCUUCAUCUGCUACAAUACUGUUAUGUCAUAGUGGUCAGUUCCACUGACCAAAGGAUCACAAGCCAUAAGAAACUGUGUAAGGUUCCCUGUGGACUGAGUGAAGGAGACCAAUACCCAAUGGUGACAAAGUUCGGACUGGUGUUCACACCUCGGGAAGAAACGAGCUACCCCUGCUGGUAAUAGUGGGCGAGUUGUGAAAGUCACGACAACUAAUCUAGCACAAAUACAAACCAUCUCCAAAAAUCAUUACUAGACAUGGAAAAGUGAUCAAGCACUGUCUACCUGUACUGCAAUACUGAAUAUCAACCUUAAAAGCCAACAGCAUUGACGCAAUAAGAAGUCCGUACUGGCCCCCGCGAUGUGGGAGUUCUAAGCAGUUGUAAACGACACAGGAAACUGGCCAAUGACAAAACACAUCAUCAGGAGGCAGUGGUCACAGUUCAGCGAGCUCCUAAACACCCCACCAAACAAUCGCAACUGUCGAUAUUAAUCAGUGGACAUAAUCGGAGUUAGCACCCCCCAGCAAAACUAUUGUAAUCCUAGGAAUUUACUCCACAAGGUUAAAUUGACUGCAAGAGGCAAACAAUUGGGCACCAUAGCUCCACAAGUUCACAAUUUAUCAAACUUUUUCACAAGCUCAUCUAACCCUUGUGAUCAGAAGAUUUUUGCAUUCAAUAUGAUCUUUUAUGCAAGUCAUUGACAAAAAUAUAACAAAUUGUGCUACUGGAAAAAAUUCUCAGAGCUGAAUUGAGCAUGCACAGAGGAGGGAGGAAGACAUCAAAAGGCAACACUGAUUGUUUGUAAACAAAAGACGAUUCAUAAAAAUUGGAACUUAUAGACAAAAUAAUAAUGGAAACAUUACACAAUAUAAGUUAACAAUGCUCCUGUAUAUUUGAAGAUUAUAUUAAUUAUUAUUGAAGUACGAGUUCACAAACAGUGUGUUAGCUAUGAAGCUGCAAGGACCUCCGAUUAUUGUGCUGUACGGAUUUCUAACGGUGAGUGUGGCCUCAAAAAUUGAGGAAAAAAUAACAAUGGAUUACAAAGACAUUGGAAAGUUGGAAAAGACACAACAAAUUCCUUCAAAUUGUGAAGAGGAUUUCUCCUCUCAGAUCCUGCACUGCAUUGAGCCAUUUUCUCGUAAAGUCAAACAAUACACUCACAUCAAACCAGAGAAUCCUUUUGUUUAUCAAAUUUUCGUCAAGCAUGCUUGCAGGAAAUACAAGAAGAUGUUGUUGUGCGUUCACACAUAUCUGACCAACUGUCCAACAAAAUCAAGUUACAGUGCUGUGCAAAAGAGUCUGGACCAGGCCUGGGUUCCAAUGGUCAAUCAAAUGUGUAAAAUAAACACAAACUCCUCCAAAGACAUUGUAUCAAAUGUGGACCAAACACAGGGCAAAAAUACAGCUAGUGUCUCAACAGAAGGAUCCCCACUUUACCAAAUACAGAAUGAUUUCCCAGUAAGGGAGGGGAAAAUAUCCCCUCAUACAGGGAAAUUCCAAGAAAGUAUUAGUGUUAUCACAUUCUUGGAUAGAAUAGUCUUGCCAAAAAUAGAUAUGGACUCGAGAGUACCUGUUAUUUUAAAUUCCAAAGACAAAAUUACUACAGGACAAAUUUCCAGUGAAGUGUCUCAUAAAACAAUUUCCAGAGAUUAUCAGGACCUAGUGAGAGGAAAAAAUCUUUUUCAUUGGAUGUAUAUAGUGAUAGGGAAUAGUGACCCUGAAAAUAAAAUCCAGUAUUUCAUAAAUUCAAACAGGGAUCAACAAAGGGAGGUAACUUUGUCACAGAAAUCCUCAGCCAGUCAUGUGAUACUCAGUGUGCUAUGUGUUUGGCAGGUACUUGUGGUACCGUUUCUCUACUGAUUAUCUCCCCUGACACUUCCAGGUCAUCAACUUCGUUUCCUGUGUUACAGACAAUAGAAGACGGCAAUAUGUGCAAUAGGUUAUAACAUGUGUUGUUCUCUGUCUGCUUGAUAGAGAUCAGCAGUUACAGACAGUGAAUGGAUUCUGUUGGGGGGUAAAAAACCGUGUUACAUACACAGGUGACUGUUCAUCAAGCUCCAUAUAUCAUCAUAAAAAUGGCUCAUUUCUCCCGUUUUUUUUUCUUCUGGAUCUGUCUGUGAUGAAUUAAUGAUACUCCUCUUGCAUCUUUAAUUUUUUUUUGUCCCUCCUAUGGUUUAUUGUGCAGGGUAUUGGAGAAAAAAGUAUUAUAUUUAUAAAAAAAAUUGUACAUAGUGUUGUAUAUACGUAAAUGUAUAGAUAAAAUAAAAUUCAUGUUCCAUUCA